CUUACAGCCCCUUUAUUCAGGCAGCCAGAUGUUACGCCAGACCUGUAAGAAGGAAGAAAAAAGACAUCCCCAGCCACUUGGAUGAUCUCCCUCCCACGAUGCUGAAGAAAGACUAUGCCAACCUCCCAAUAAUGAAUAGUGUGGAUGAUGUAGUGAAAAGGCUGUUGUCACUGGAAAUGGCAAGCCAGCGGGAGAAGGUGAAAAUAAAGACACAGCAGCUGGUGGAGAAGGUCAGGAGGUCUCCCAGCGACAACGGCUCCUUUGAGGUGCAGGUUGCCGCGUUGACUGCCAAGAUACGCACUUACGAGGAACAUCUCCAGAUGCAUCCCAAGGAUAAAAUUAACCGUCGCCGCAUGCUGAUGGCCAUGGAUCGCCGGAAGAAGCUCCUUGCGUACCUGCGCCGUGUCCGCUACGACACCUUCGAAAACACCUGCAAGCAGCUGAACAUCCAGUACAGCCUGCCCCCCGGCUACAGGAGGAGGAUCACCAAGCGCUGGCUUGUGAAGAAGGCUUUCUGCAUCAAGGUGUUCCAGGAGGCACAGAAGCUGAAGGCAGAGGAUAAGAUAAAACACAGGAGGGAGUGGCAAACAAGAAGGAGAGCUGCAAAGGAGAAGGAGGCGCAGCACGAGGGGACGCCUGUGUAG